AUCCAACUCCGCAACUUGCGGAGUGCUGCCAGAGUCACCGAAGAAUACCCACCGAAUGCAGUGAUUCUUUUUUUAUGGAUGUCAAAAUAACAGUAUAAAAUAUAAAUAAUCUGAGAGAAUGGUGAUGCCGAGGGGGCCGAAUUGGAAUCGGUGGAGCCAGUCAAAAACCGUAGCUUUGAUCUGGAUCACCUCCUUCUUCCUUUUCUACUCUCUCUUCCGAAUGGCCCUCCACAACUCCGCUCCUUAUCAACCCCCAACCGCUCCUCCUCCUCCUCCUCCUUCAGAGCAAAGGUCGAAAUUGUACGAUAAGAUGGAGAGGGAUUUGGAUGAGAAGGGGGCGGCUUUUCUUCAACAUGGUGAAACAUCUCAGUCCUUGUCACUUUCGGAUAUUUUCACUUUGAAGGAUGGAUCUGUAACACCUGUACUUAAAGAAGCAAACCCUCCCGUUCGGGCUAAUGUUUUGUAUCUGAGCACAAAAUAUUCGUUGCCCAUCUCGGAGGCUGUAAAGCAUAUAUUUAGUUCAUACUUUGACAAAGCAAUCUGGUUUCAGAAUUCCAGUUUGUACCACUUUAGCAUGUUCCAUGCCUCACAUCAUGUUGCACCUGUUCCUGCUACUGAAGAUGAGAUAGAAGUGGAAGCAAGGGCUGUUCACGCUGUUGCAGAUGCUCUCUGCCCUUUAAAAAUUGUUUUAGAUAGGGUGGUUUUAACUUCAACUGGUGUGCUUUUGGGGUGCUGGCAGGUAAUCUCAGGGACCGAUCCCUUAACCAUUCGUGCCAAUUUGAGGACUGCACUUCCACAUGCGCCACAAAAGCAACUUUAUGAUGCUGCUAUUCUUCACACAUCAUUUGCAAGGCUUCUAGGACACCCUAAAGCAUCACCAAUGGAGCUGCAUAAAACUUCAGAUGAAGUCCAAUUCUUCCAUGAGCUAGUUGCUCGACUAAACGAUCAAAUCCGAGGAUUUAAGAACCCAAUCCGAUGAUGAACUAGCUAACGGAGGAAGAGAUAUCAUGGGGACAACAUCUUCCCCAGAAUUAGCUCCAAGCUGUACACUAGGCCCUAAACAUUCCUGCUUGCAAGGCACCAACGACAAGCCCACAAUUUCCUCCACACCAUCCCUUGCAUUCAAAUGCUGUACCUCCUCAACAGAACCCUUGUUAUUGUCACAAGAUGCCUGAAGAGAUACCGACAAAUUGGUUCUCUGUCAUGAGUGGUGAGGCCAUGGUCACCAUUGGAGGUUCUGGGUUGGCGGCAAACCCACAAAUUUCUACCUCCGACAUGGGUGUUGUUGUUUCUUUGGCGAGAACUGGAUAUGUGUCACCCCCUAACGAUCCAUUUUGUGCCACUUCGGCAAACCCUACAUGUCCCUCAAGCCUCAGUGUUACACUUAGCUCCGGUGAGGGAGCCAUCAUUUCUUCAGGGAUAAUGCUGACACGUGGCAGAGGGCAUUCCAUUUCAGCUCUCUCUAAGCCAAUACCCGAUGUAAAACCCACUUCGGUUGGCUCAAAUCCAACAACUCAGGCACCAAGGUCUCCUAAUUAAUAGCCAACCGAAAGAGAGAGGGUAACAUGGUCUUAAGAGCUGAAUCACCACACCAAAAGUGAUGCCAAAAACUGACCCUAGAUCCAUCACCAACCCCAAAACUAAUAAAAUGAGCAAAAGCCUUCCAUCCAUUUCUAAUAUUCUUCCACAAACCAUGUGCAUAUCUCACUUCAUUAGAACACCAACUCCUUUGCAAACUCCCAUGCUUCAUCCUAAUAAUAGUCUUCCAUAAAGACUCCCCUUCCUUAUGGUACCUCCAUAACCUUUUCCCAAGGAAUGCCUUAUUGAAAGUCCUCAUAUUAAAAGUCUUACAAACCUUCGAGAAGAGCCACUCAACAGACAUUCAACUCAAGGUGUGAAGCAAAGCUUUGUGGUGGCUUGCUUGAUGCUCAUUAUAGAAGAGUUUAAUGUGCACGACUUGUGCAAUUUCUGUAUUUUUACACCAUUCAGAAGUCCUCUUCUUGCCUUCAAAAUUCUCAAAGAACCCAUUAGCAAUCCGUUUUUCACCAUCAAUCUGGGCCAUUCUGUAUAUCAUGGUCUGGUUGCAACACAUAUGGAUUACAGAUGUAUGGUUUCCCAUUUUUCUUUGAAAUAUAUUAAGAUACUCGUUAACACAGUUACACAAAGGUUCUUGGUGGUUUUGAGUGUAUGCUCUAGCAGUCACUAUAAUGAUUAUAUUUAGGAGGGAAGGCAAAUACUCUGAAAUAAGUGUGCACAAUAUCAUUGGUAGUUUAUGGACCUGUUUCUGAAAUUAGGCUUGUAGGCUGGUCCUAAAUGUUUUGACACUUGCUGAAAAAAGUAAUGGUCAUUGCAAAAGAAGUUUAGGGUCUGCUUUGUAUAAUUGCUCUAUAUCAAGUACCUUUUAUUCUAGGUAAAAGUUUGGUGAUAGUGGAUAUAAGGUUCAAAUGCGCUUUGCAUCUGUAGAGGCAAAUCACACCAACUUCUCAGAGUCUGAUACAUUCACUUUUUCAUGGUACUUGUUGACAAUAACGUGGAUGCAAAUUUGUCAAUGUACUUAUGUAUGAUCACCAAGCUGCUUUCCCUUUUGGUUCAAGAAUGACCUCAAUGAUUAGUCGUAUGAAAUCUUCCCCAGCUUUAGCUAAACUUCUCAUAUUUUCUUUAUGGGUGGGUGGGCGCCCUUUCUAACUUAUCUGAAAAGGCAGUUGAUUUGGAAGUCUGGACAUUGAACACCAUUCAGACACAUAAAUCUAUAUUUCAUAGUUCUGCAAGUGAUUAUGUACACUGUUUUAUUUAAUUCUUUUACUGACUUUUUGAAUGCAAACUCGUCUGGUGCGUUUGGCCUUCAA